ACGCUCGACCUACCGCAAAUCACGAUUACAGAAUACCUAGGUAGUUCUGAGAGGUGGUUUUUCCAUCACCCUCCAGAAAGAAAGAACAAAAGAGAAAGAUAUACCGAAACGAGAUACAUAAGAAGGAGAGGAAUGGAGGUUGUGGAUGAGCAUAGCGCACUAGGAGUGCAUACUGAGGGGCUGGGCUUCGAGUCUGAUUCCUACUUUCUAAUAACUGCGCUUUCGCGUGUAGCACGAGAAUACCGAGGACCUUGUUCUCUGCAAUUGUGUCGGUGGUGCCAAGAUAAUGUUUUUGGCUCUCAUACCCUGAGAAUAAUCGAUACGAACGAUGAGUAUUAUUUACAAAAUAUCGGACCAUUCACCAGGUCUAUAGAAGAUUUUGCAACGAGUAUGUGGGGACGUACGUAUAGCCCCACAGAAGUUCAACCAGGGAAAGGCAAUGAACAAGGAUGCAUAUUCUGCUCACUUCUGAAGAGUGCUUGCCUCCAGUUUGCUAAGAGGUCAAACCAAGUAACCUCGACUUUUAACUUCGACAUACAGUUGAAAGCUGCCGCUGAAUGGUCUACAAUUAUCUUUCCGCUAGAAGGGCUUGAGAAAUUCGAGCCAGAUGUGAAAUUUCGACUAUACACCGUGAAUCGCAAUUUCAUCCGAUCUGGACUAACCACGGCUUUGCUUUCAACAAACGAAGCAUCAUUAGGGGAUCACAAAGCUGUCGAAUCGCCGAAUCCCACGCUGCGGCACCACAAUGAUUGGACUGAUAUGCUAAAACACGAUGGGAAAGUCUUGCGAUGCUUAGUAGAUGAUUGUGUACAGAAUCACACUACGUGUUCCCCGGACGAGACUCAGACCCUCCCGUCUAUGCUCCUCCAGGUAUCUGGAACAAUCGAAUCACCAUCAGUACGUCUGGUUAUCGUCUCCGAGAUCGAGGUUCGUCCCAUUGCCUACGCUUGUUUGAGCUACUGCUGGGGCGGACCGCAGCCAGGAAUGACUCUCUCAAGUCGUGUAGCACAAUACGUCAAGAAAAUUGACAACUCUGCUUUUCCCGCGACACCCCUCGACGCGAUCAGGAUUACAAUCAGUCUUGGAUUGGAGUAUAUAUGGAUUGACGCUUUCUGCAUAGUUCAAGAUUCAGGUCGUUCAAAGAGUCUUGAGCUUGGCAAAAUGUCGUCUAUAUAUUCUGGAGCAACAGUUACGAUAUGCGCUAUGUCAUCUCACAAAGCCGACGAUGGCUUGUUUCCGUCUGCCCGAGUACGCGAGACAAGAAUUGAUACACACAACAUUGAACUGCAUGAUACCGAGAGCAGACGCGCUGCAGUCUUGGAGAUACGGGGUGACUUCUCGGAGAGUAAUAUCUCUGAAGAACCUAUUCUCACUCGCGCAUGGACUUUCCAGGAAGCACUCUUGAGCCCUCGGCUUAUUAUGAUUUUUUCAGCAGGCCAGCGUCCCAUCUUCCGAUGUUCAAGUCACUCGAUACGAUCAGAUGGAGGCAAGUUCCCUCGAUACCCUAAGGGUCUCAUGACCUUAGAUUCAAUAGUAGCAAGAUUUCAAGAGACGAACCGCCAUGAAGGCCUAGAUUGGGGGAUGCGAGGAAUCGGGCAGGAAUGGCCCAAUCUAGUGAGAGAUUACACGAUGCGGUACACAACUUUUCCUGAUGAUACUAUGGCUGCGCUUUCGGGAGUAGCAACGCGGUGGCAAAAGAGUUUCGGAAUGGGAGCAUACUGUGCAGGGCUUUGGUUUGACUGGCUCACACUCGAUCUCAUGUGGCAAGUUCCACCCGAUCUAUCGCCUCGUAAACCCCAUGCACGCUAUGUCGCGCCGUCCUGGUCGUGGGCCUCGCGCAACCACCCCAUUCACUAUCAGUCGCGAGAGGAUCUGGAUCGCGCUGAUGAUCUUGCACGUGUGCUUGAGUGCAGCGUUGUUCCCGUGCAUCACAAAGUACCGAACGGUGCUAUCCAGUCGGCCAAACUUGUCAUAGAGUGUAUUGCGGGAGAGUUCAGGGUCGAUGACAAUAGCAACAUUGAUGAUUCUGCGGAGGAUCUAAGUCAUCUUCCAAAAAUCGAUGGAUCGAUAGAUUUCUAUUUCGACGAUGAGCCCAGAUCGGCGGAGAUCAGGACAAUAUGGCUACUAAUCAUUGCAGUAGGAGAUCCGUACCAAUACCCCCACCCGAUUGGUAUAGGUGUUGUCGCCACUGGGCGAAAUUCCGACGUUGGUGAUGAGUUGUACAGAAGAGUCGGGUGGUGGGAAUCAAUGGUGAGAGAGAAGAGUUUGGGUGAGCAGACGAUGAAGAGGUUUACGAUCAUCUAA